GACAGACCGCAUUAUGAAGACUGCGACGACGGUGGCAGCCUUGGCGGGUCUGACGGUGAUGGCGGCAAUGCUGCUGACGAUGACCACGAUGAAUGGACGAGACGAACUCGUUCAGAAGUAUCAGCCGUCUGCAGCAACGACGAGGAAGUUUGCAAAGGGACAUUCUGGACAUCAGCUCAACAAGGAAGACACCAGGAAAAUCCGACAUGUCAUGAAGCAAGCAAGCAUGCUGAAGAAGCAAGGAGCAUGGAAGCCAACUCCAUACCACGAUCUUGUCCAAUUCCCUAAGAAGUAUGGGUUCAAGAAAAAUCUCUUCGUUGGCGGAGCAAAGCACAACAUGCACUCCGCUCAGAGCCAGGCGCUUUCUCAGGAGUAUAACGACUACGGAAAGCAAGCUCGCGGGUUCUAUGUAAAACAUCACCUCAUGUCUCAGAAGGAGAAUGAGUGGGCAAACUCCCUCAUGACUGGUAAGGAGAAGUCGCGUGUACAGAUGCUUCAUCAGAACAUUCCAAAGAAGCUCGCAUGCGGCCGUGGUGGACCAUGCCCGGUUCUUGGAAACUUUCUUCAGAAGAAUGGCCUUGUCUCGUCAGCUGAAAGCCAGUGGGCCAAGUCCAUGGGGGUUGAGAACGCAGCCGUGAAGGCUCCAGUGACAAUGUUGGCCGCCAGGCCCUCGGGGGCGAAACAAGGGCAGGAUGCUAAGCUGGGAGAAGAUCUCACCAAGUUUUUGUUCCAAAGCUCUCAUUCGGCUGGGUUCUGAUGAUUGAAAUGUUGUACGCGG